UCGUUUAAUCUUUCAGUAGCGGCUGAGACGACUGUGCGUCAAUUAAUCGCAUUUGCAAACGAUAAUGGCGGCCCCUACGAUCGCUUUAAAUAACGGACGGAAAAUUCCAGCUCUCGGUUUGGGAACGUACCUUUCGCAUUCAGGAGAAUGUGCCAGAGCCGUCAAACAUGCAAUAAGCGUGGGUUACCGCCAUUUCGACUGCGCCUGGUUCUAUGGCAACGAAAAAGAAGUGGGCGAUGGCAUCAGAGAAGCCAUUAAAGAAGGGCUUGUGAAGCGCGAGGAUCUCUUUGUAGUCACCAAGCUUUGGUGCACCUUCCACGAGAGGGACCAAGUGGUGCCAAGUUGCAAGGUGUCUCUGCAAAAUCUCGGUUUGGAUUAUUUGGACUUGUAUUUGAUCCAUUGGCCCGUCGCCAUGACCAAUACUGGAAAAUUUAACGCGUCUGAACCUUUCAAGGACGCUGUUUGUUAUGACCACGACUUCGUCGAGACAUGGCACGGAAUGGAAGAGUGCGUCGAACUGGGGCUGGCUAAAAGUAUAGGGCUUUCUAAUUUCAAUAGCAAACAGAUACUGCGCAUUCUAAAGGCUGCUAAGAUCAGGCCUGUUUGCAAUCAAGUCGAAGUGUCGCCGCUUAUCAACCAAAAGAAACUAAUAGCAUUUUGCAAGGAACGAGGCAUCCAGGUAGUUGCUUAUAGUCCGUUCAGUGCUCCAGCUCGGCCUUGGAAAAAACCAGGUGAUCCGGAAUUGAGUUUGGACGAUCCGAAACUAAUAGAAAUCGGGAAAAAGUAUGGAAAAACUAGCGGGCAAGUUGUCUUAAGAUACAUCCAUCAGCUCGGUGCUAUCCCGAUACCGAAAUCGUCCAAUCCAGAUAGAAUAAAGAAGAACAUCGAAAUAUUCGAUUUCGAAUUGUCGCCCGAAGAUGUAAAGAUAUUGGACGCUUAUAACUGCAACGAAAGAGUUGUUCCAGCCCUAGAGUUUUUAAGCUCAAAAGAAUAUCCAUUUAAUGAAGAAUUUUAAUGAAUUGUUAAUCUACGUUUUGAAUAAUGUGGUAAUAAAUAUUAGAU